AUGUCAGAAGUAGUAACUUCUACAGUAGAAAUAGAAAAGAUACCGAAAAUAGAUUUAAGGAGAUACUUUAAAAAACCUCGUUUAGAACUAGAACCUGACAAUGCUAAAAUAAAUGAAAAUGAAACCGAAACUAGCCAAAUAGAAGUAGAUCAGUCAACUUCUUUAGGUGAAACAUCUACUUCGUUAACUAUCGUAGAAAAGGAUUUUGCAAACAUUGAUUUCUAUGAUAUUGGAAAUUUUAUUAAUCAUGGUAAAUUGGCAGACGAGAUAAUUUAUAAAGCAUUAAAAAAAGCGUGGGUACCCGAUAAAUCGUACGAUUUUAAAAAAGACUCCAAUACUGGAAAUCGUUUAUUUCGUCUUCAGUGGUUAGUAGACUAUCCUUUUAUUUCAUAUUCUUCAAAAUUAAAAGGAGUUUUAUGCCGUUAUUGCGUAUUAUUCAAACCUCAACUGGAUCGAGGAGUGCAAGGUCGAUUUAUUAUUAAUGAAUUUACGAAAUAUAAAGACUUCCAUGGCUCUGUGAAACUUCAUCUUCAAUCUAAAUGGCACCGUGACUCAACGAAUAGAGCAAAUAAUUUUUGUAAUAUUAUAGAAAACAAAAAAAAAAUGUUGUUCAACUUAUGAGUUCUGCUC